CGCUCGCAUUCCGGCAGACAGCGUGCCGGCGGCCCUGUCAGCACUUCCGGGUGAACGGAUGUAAACACAAGGAUGUCUCUUCAAACAGCCUCCAGCAUGGCGAAAUUGGAGCAAUUAAACGUAUUCCUGAACGAGAGACUGACAGCGGCUGCCGACGACAUAUUCAAAGCUGUUAAAAACACGGUAGGGGAAUACCAGAGCGAAAUCCUCCGCACAAAAGAGGAAAAUGAGCGUCUCAAACGGCUCCUGAACGUCACCGUUCAACGUCUGUUACUUCACUCAGAUUUAUAUCCCAUCCAGACUGAGGAGAAUGGGCACCUCUCAGGGCCACAGCCAUUUGAGUACAAACAGAAAUCUAGUCUGGGCCAAGAGGAACCAGAGCUACCACCACAGAUUAAAGAGGAGAGGGACCUCGGCAACAUUCAAAAGGAUUAUCAAAAUGAAGGAAGACCCACAUCUCCUCUUGCAGAAAUAAAUUGUGGAAAGGUUGAUCCACCACAACUGUCUCAUCUUCAACCAACCCAAAGUUUGUGUUACAGAGGAAGUGUUACAUCACCCUCAGUAUUUUCCCAGGACAUAAAGAGGGAGAGCGAUAGAGAAGACAGUAGGUUAUGUCAACCAACAAACAGCUCAGCUUCCUUGGUUACUGUUAAUUCAAAUUUCAGAGCAUCUCGAAGUGACAGUCAUGUUGAUGCAGCACACAUUAAGGGAAAUCAGAAAAGAGAGACUCCAUCAGAAUCUGGGGGACAGCACAGAACACCUCACUCAAAUGGAAAGCAAAGUACACGCAUGCUGUGUAUCAAGAAUGUGAGAUCCCUCAAGCCUCCUCAGCCACGGUCCUCCCACCAAACCCCAAGUGUCCAGAAGUGGCAUUGUUGUAAAGAGUGUGGGAAGGGUUUUAGUUUUGCCUGCCAGUUGGAAGUCCACAUGCGGUGGCACACCAAAGAAAAGCCGUACAGCUGCACCGUGUGUAGAAAGAGCUUCACGACAGUCAGCAUGCUGAAGAGGCACCACCGCAUCCACACCGGGGAGAAGCCCUUCCGCUGUCACAUCUGUGGGAAAUGCUUCAACCAGUCGGCACACCUUAACACACACUUCAGGUUGCACACAGGAGAGAGGGCAAGGUGGAGUCGAGAGCUUCACGCCAAAUGACAAGUGGUAGAAUUUCUCUUCAAGUAAAAACGGUCUGGCUUGGAAAAGAACCAGAUCUUGUGUAAAAUUUCAAUGCUGUCCUAUUUCAGAUUCACGUACUAAAAUUACCAUGUCUCUUGUGUCUCAUGUUGUGUUUGCCGUGCAAUA